UAAGUACAUCACAGUAUAAAUAUUAUAUUUACAUUUUAAAGAAAAUUGUUGCAAUGAGUGGUCUUCAAGUAACGUUGUGUACACUUUGUCGCACAAAUACAACCGAUAAAAGUUUUGAAGUCGUAGACAACGCUACUAGAGACAUUCUGCAUGUUCUUUUGUUGAAAUUGAAAUUUGAAGGCGACAACAAAGAGGUUAUAUGUAAUGCUUGCAGAAGAAACUUAAACGCAGCAUUAGAAUUUAAAUCGGCUUGUCUGAAUACCGAUAAUAUAAUUAUUCCACAUGUGGAUUGCGAGGGAACGCUACAGCUCGACUUAAGAGAAGUGUACGUGAAGGAACAGGGAAGCGAGUUAACGGAUAUUUCAGACAAUCAGAAAAUAUGUCGACUGUGUAUGCAGCCAGUAGAAAGUGAGUUUAGGAGCAUACGUGAAGAGGAACUUGAAGCUAUUGAGAAAUUGGCUCCUGAAAUGAUUGUAAAUAUCGUCAAAGAUCCCGUUGUAUGUAAACCAUGCUUCGAUUCUCUGUGUACCCACAACACUUUCCUGGGAGAUUGCUCAGAGAUGGAAUUGUCAAUCAAAGAUGAAUGUGUUGAUAUAAAAUCAGAAGAUGAAGAAAAGAGCGACACGCAACUGCAGAGCUCUGACAUUGCACCAUUCGAGGAAAGUGAGUGUAACGAAGUAGAAGAGGACGAAUGUAAACACGAGGAUGGAUCAGAAACGGAAACCAAACAGGAGCACAAAGUAUGUUAUAAAUGUGAUAAAUGUUUUUAUACAACUGGAAUGAAGAGCCAUUUUACAGCACACUGUGCGAGUCACGAGAACAAUUCGGAACUGUACAAAUGUGAAACGUGCAAAUACGAAACGAAAAACAAGAAAUUACUUCAGAGGCACCGGUUGAGGCAUAAACUUGCUCCAGAAAUAGGAUUUGAUUUAACUUGA